AUGUUCACGCCCGUCCACACCUCGCUAGGCGCUCUGCUCUUGUUCAGCGGGUCGUUUGGUCUGCUUGUACAUAACGGCCGCGUUUUUGGCAUCUCAUCGAUUCUACGAUCCGGUCUGUCUCCGGCCCAAAGGGAGCAUGAGAACCUGUCGAUUCUGGUAGGAUUGCUGUCGAGUCCUCUGCUAGUCUCGUUCUUUGUGCCCUCGUUGCUCCCUUCGUUUCCAGGCUCGGUUGAGUCGUGGUCUUCGGCGGCGUCUACGCUAGGACUGGGAUUUUUGAUAGGAUGGGGGACCAAGAAUGGCAAUGGCUGUACCUCCGGACAUAUGCUCUGCGGACUAUCACGUCUCUCGCCACGCUCCCUGAUCGCCACCGGUCUAUUCUUCACCACUGCCGUCCUAACGGCAAACUUUGCACCCUCGGUGACCGGCUCGCAAAUAAUCCCUGCAUGCAAUGACGGCCGUCCUUGCUACCAUACCCUCCUCCCAACCACGUUUGAACUCGCCGUGAUGACGACGUGCGCUAUCCUGGCCCUUUUCACCAACUUUAUCGUCGUCUCCCCCAAGUCUUCGGUAAGACCAUCACCGUCAGAGCCACGGCGACUGCUGUUUGCCUACCUGGCCGGCCUCCAGUUCGGACUGGGCUUGCUGUUCAGCGGCAUGGGCGACCCCACCAAGGUCAUUCGUUUCUUUGCCUUUGUCGCGAAUAUCAACAGUUUCGAUCCGUCGCUCGCUCUGGUUCUUCUUUUUGGUGUGGGGCCCUCGCUCUAUGGCUAUCUAACCGUGAAACCCGGUCAGCCGACGACAAGCGGGAAGAUCGAUGCUCCCACGCUGGCGGAUGCAUGGCGUCUGCCAACACGCACCGUUGCCGAUAUAGACUGGCGGUUUGUUGCCGGAGCGGUCGCUUUUGGAGUCGGAUGGGGUCUGAGUGGUGUCUGUCCGGGGCCAGCCAUCCUCAGGGCCGUCCUUCAGCCGGCGUGGGGAAUUGUUUGGAUGGGCGGUUACGCAUUGGGAAGUUUGUUGUAA